CUAAAUUUCAAUCCAACAUUUCCCAGUUAGAGACUUACAAAAUUUUGGUCAAAUAUGCAAAAGCAAAACAUUUUUCCCUUCAUUCAUUUGAUUUAUGGAGGCCGAAGACUCCAUAAAUGACGAAAGAGCAUGACUUUAGGCUCCUCUCUAAGGACCCUUCAAAACAAAGCCAAAAUCACUGUUGGAAAUGGCAGAUUACAGAGUUCCAUUCAUCAUAUCAAACAUUUCUUGCAUCCCCAUGGCUUCCUUUAUCAUCAAUCUCUUCCCUUCAUCUCUCUACCCUCGCGCCCACGAUACGCCCACCAGCUGUUCGAUGAAACUCCCCUUAAAGAUAUCUCACACUACAAUCGUCUGCUCUUCGACUUCUCUCGCAACAAUCAUGAUCGAGAAGCUUUGCAUCUCUUCAAGGACCUUCACUCUUCCGGGUUGGGUGUUGAUGGGCUCACUCUGUCCUGUGCUUUGAAGGUCUGCGGAGUCUUGUUUGAUCAAGUUGUGGGAAGGCAGGUGCAUUGUCAAUCUUUGAAAUCUGGGUUCUUGGAGGAUGUCAGCGUUGGGACUUCUCUUGUUGAUAUGUAUAUGAAAACGGAAGAUUUUGAGGAUGGAAGAGGAAUCUUCGAUGAAAUGGGUAUAAAAAAUGUUGUGUCGUGGACUUCAUUGCUCUCUGGAUAUGCACGGAAUGGGUUGAACGAUGAAGUCAUACAUUUGAUUAAUCAAAUGCAGAUGGAAGGAGUGAACCCAAACGGCUUUACUUUUGCAACUGUUCUUGGAGCAUUGGCUGAUGAGAGUAUCAUUGAGGGAGGAGUUCAAGUUCAUGCCAUGAUAGUAAAGAAUGGGUUUGAGUUUACCACGUUUGUGUGCAAUGCUUUGAUAUGUAUGUAUCUGAAAUCUGAGAUGGUUGGAGAUGCUGAAGCAGUUUUUGAUAGUAUGGUUGUUAGAGAUUCAGUCACUUGGAAUAUUAUGAUUGGUGGUUAUGCAGCCAUUGGGUUUUAUUUAGAAGGCUUUCAAAUGUUUCAUCGGAUGAGACUUGCAGGUGUUAAGCUCAGCCGAACUGUAUUUUGUACAGCUCUAAAGCUAUGCUCUCAACAGAGGGAAUUGAAUUUUACCAAACAGCUGCAUUGUGGGGUCGUAAAAAAUGGCUAUGAAUUUGCUCAGGACAUCAGAACAGCACUCAUGGUCACUUACAGCAAGUGCAGCUCAGUGGAUGAAGCUUUCAAGCUGUUCUCCAUGGCGGAUGCAGCUCAUAAUGUUGUUACCUGGACAGCCAUGAUUGGUGGGUUUGUGCAGAACAACAACAAUGAGAAGGCGGUUGAUUUAUUUUGUCAAAUGAGCAGAGAAGGCGUAAGACCAAACCAUUUCACCUACUCCACGGUCCUUGCAGGAAAACCUUCUUCAUUACUUAGCCAACUUCACGCACAAAUCAUUAAAGCUUAUUACGAGAAAGUACCUUCAGUAGCUACCGCACUUUUAGAUGCAUACGUCAAGACGGGAAAUGUGGUUGAGAGUGCGCGAGUUUUUUAUUCUAUUCCUGCAAAGGACAUUGUUGCAUGGUCCGCUAUGUUAACUGGUUUAGCUCAAACAAGAGAUUCUGAAAAGGCAAUGGAGGUAUUUAUUCAAUUGGUGAAAGAGGGAGUGAAACCAAAUGAGUACACCUUUUCUAGUGUAAUCAAUGCAUGUUCAUCCUCUGCAGCAACAGUAGAACAUGGUAAACAAAUUCAUGCAACUGCAGUGAAAUCAGGAAAGAGUAAUGCUUUAUGUGUAAGCAGUGCUUUGCUCACCAUGUACUCCAAAAAAGGUAAUAUUGAGAGUGCAGAAAAGGUCUUCACCAGACAAGAGGAGAGAGAUAUAGUUUCAUGGAACUCGAUGAUAACUGGAUAUGGCCAACAUGGUGAUGCCAAGAAAGCUCUUGAGGUGUUUCAAAUUAUGCAAAACCAAGGACUACCAUUGGAUGAUGUCACAUUCAUUGGAGUUCUUACUGCUUGUACGCAUGCCGGCUUAGUGGAAGAAGGUGAAAAGUACUUCAAUAUUAUGAUUAAGGAUUACCAUAUUGAUAAAAAAAUCGAGCAUUAUUCGUGCAUGGUUGAUCUAUACAGCCGAGCCGGAAUGUUUGACAAAGCCAUGGACAUCAUUAAUGGAAUGCCAUUCCCGGCUAGUCCAACAAUAUGGCGGACUCUACUGGCAGCCUGUCGGGUUCACCGUAAUCUAGAGCUUGGAAAACUCGCUGCAGAAAAGCUUGUCUCACUUCAGCCGAAUGAUGCGGUCGGAUAUGUCCUGCUAUCCAACAUCCAUGCUGUGGCUGGCAAUUGGGAAGAGAAAGCCCAUGUGAGGAAACUGAUGGAUGAAAGGAAGGUAAAAAAGGAAGCUGGGUGCAGCUGGAUUGAGAUAAAAAACAGGAUUUUCUCAUUCUUGGCUGGUGAUGUUUCACAUCCAUUUUCUGAUCUUGUUUAUGCAAAACUUGAAGAGCUAAGUAUCAAGCUAAAGGAUAUGGGUUAUCAGCCAGAUACAAAUUAUGUUUUUCAUGAUGUAGAAGAGGAACAUAAAGAAGCCAUUCUCUCUCAACAUAGUGAGAGAUUGGCAAUUGCUUAUGGAUUGAUUGCUCUUCCACCUGGAGCUCCGAUUCAGAUUGAGAAAAAUCUAAGAAUUUGUGGGGAUUGUCACAAUGUAAUUGAGUUAAUAUCGUUGAUUGAAGAGAGAACUCUGAUUGUCAGAGAUUCAAACAGGUUUCACCAUUUCAAAGGAGGAGUUUGCUCUUGUGGGGGUUAUUGGUAAUUACCAAAUCAAAUCAAAUCAAAUCUCCAUUAUUCUUACCUAAACUACUAAGGAAGACUUUCCAUGUGAGUUCAGAAGAAACCCUAGCCCUAAAAGGUUUAUAAAAGGUGAUAAAAAAAUUCCUCCUAAACCAUCUAGCUUCAUUCCCUUGGGGAAACUCUAAAAGGUAACCUCUCAUCAUUCUUUGUUCUGAGAAUUUUGGAGAAACGUUCAUGCUUGAUCUCUCUCCUUUGUUGGAAAGCUUUAUUCAGACACUUGUACUGAAAGUGUAAGUGUAAAGUCCCGAUUCAUCUUGAAGGCUGAAUCAAGCUAGAUAAAAGAGUAAAACUAUAGAGUUGACAUCAUGUUAUUUACUUCCAAUUUGAGUUUCAUUCUCUACAGAACAACUCUUUUAUUCUUUCAAGUUUCAAUCAAUGAGUUCUAUUAUUAUAUUGCUGUGUUCUUUAUUUUCCAUUAUGAACUAAGAAUUCACUACGGAUUCAAAUAUGUAGAUUCCCCAAGGAAGGAAUAAAAGCUCCACUCGUACCUUCUUUACUUGCCCCAA